AUGUAAAUUGACGAAGUUGUGUGGUAGGUGAUAAAUCGAGGUCAUUGUUCAUUUAAGAUAAAAACAAUCUCCUAGAAUUUCUGUAGAAAUGAAUAUAAUGUGACAGGGUUGUGUUCUAAAUAAUCCUGUCCAUUGGCAAAUUCAUAAUAUGCCACAAUUAAAGAAGAAAAGGGAUUAUGUUAUCUUUAUGUAAAAACAGCAGAAAGAGCAUAAAAACCAAAAGAAUUAUGGGAGAAGAUACUAUUAUCGAAGAACUAUGAAUAAGCAUUGGCUUAAAUAGAUGAAUAGUUAAAAUAUUGGAGUAACUUCAUGAUUCACAAAAAUAAGCAAAGAUUGACUAAGCUAAGACAGAUGUUGAUAAGAAUAAGGAAGAUGCGAUUGAAGGGAUUCAAGGAAUUGAUUCCGAUUAAAAAGAAGGCAGAAAGAAGAGAUAAGAUCAGAGAAUAGAAAGCAUUGGUGGCUGCCAAUUUGGAGAAUGCCAUAGAAUAGGAAUUGAUAGACAGAUUGAAAAAUGGAGUAUACAAUGAGAUUAUGAAUUACAAUACUAAGGCUUUUGAGAAAUUCGUUGGUUAGAAUUAAGUGGAGGAUGAAGAAGAAAGAGAACAAUAGGAAUAGGAAGAGGAGGAGGAAGAUUACUCAGAUGAGGAAUUGAUAUUUGAUCCAAAUGAUUUAGAAGAAGAUGAUGAAGAAGAUUAAGAGCAAGAUGAUGAAGAGGAUGAUAAAAGAUUGUUUUAGAAAUAGACAUUUAAUUAAUUAAGGAGAGAUGAUGAUGAAGUGAAGGAUGUUAAGAAGAAGAAACCAAGAGUGAAAUUGUAGUACGAGGAAGAAGAAGAAUUGGAAGAUAGAAAGAAAUAAUAAAUUGCAUUUUGAUUUGUUUAUAAUAUAAUUUAUUAGUAUAAA